GCCGUUCCCCCUCAGCUUCGGUCUCGGGAAGGGCGCGGGGCGGAGAACUGCGGUCCCGAGCGACGGAGCGGGAAACGAAAGCGAAAGCGGGCGGUGGUGGCGGCAGUGGCAUUAUGGCGGUGUCGCCGCUGAUGGUGCGGCUCUGCCCCGCGCCCGACGCCGGCGAGAAGGUGUUGCUCAAGCUCCAGAGCUACUUCCAGUCAGGGAAGAGGUCGGGGGGCGGCGAGUGCGAGGUGCGAGCAGGUCCUGUGCCCAACACCUAUUGGGUGCUCUUCCAGCAGGAGCAAGAUAAGAAGAGUGUGGAAUCUCGCACGGAUCACGUUGUGGAAAUCGGUGCCAGGCACCUGAAGGUAGUCAUCCAGCGGGGAGAAGGAGACCUGAGCAAAAGCCAGUUUACAAAGCAGGCAUUCCCUAGCUGCCCCAUCCUCUCCGGCUCUUCCCCACCUGCUCAGCAGGAGCAGCAGGCAGCCAAAGGCCAUGGAGACCCCACAAGAGAAGUCAUUACUAAAAAGAUAUUUCUUACAGUAUCUGCGACUCUGAAUACCAGUAUGUUCACUGAACAUCAAAGGAAGAGAAUUACCAUUAUAUGUCCAAAUUUAAAGAGAGAAGGAAAUCCUGAUAUUGAUGGAUCUGAGAAACUGACGGGAGAUUUUGCAGACAUUGAAAAAGCUUAUUGCUACUUUAAGGAUAUCCUUUCAGGCAAUGAGCCGAACCUUGAUUUUUCACAUUCUGAAAGUAAGAAUGGUUUGAAAGAUGAAAAUGGUCUGAAUACUGAAGAAGUGAAUGACUUUACAGUUCCAUCAGCUCUCUAUGAAUAUUUCAGUCAUACCUGUAAAGAGCAAAUCAAAGAACUAUGUGAACGUUUUGGGGUGUGUAUAAUAAGUAAAGAUCAGUACAAUGGAAAUACAUCAGUAAGCUUCAUUUCUGAUAGAAGUCCUGCAUUGAUACAACAAGCUAGUGAUUUUUUCAUCAGAACUUUUCAGAAAAAUGUGGAAAAUCUGAGACAGGAAGAACUUCCUAUUGCGAACAGCUACACAUUAAGUGAGAUAAUAGUGAAAUUAAAUGCUAAGUUUAGUAAUAUUCUUGCCAAAGAGGAAGGGAAUCUGUUGCUACUUCGUGGUCCCGCAAGUGAGAUUUUAGCUGCCAAAAAAAUUCUAGCAGAGGAAGGUGAAAACAGCCAAGCUGAAAAGAAUUUGAAAAUAUCAUCUGAACUGUACAAAUACAGGAAUGGAAUUGAAGUUGAUGCUUCUAUGUUUAAGUUGUUGGAGACAAUAUUAAGCAAAGAAAUUGAAGGCAUUAAAGACAAAUUUGAUACCACAAUUGAAAAGAGAGACGUUUCAUAUGACCAGAAGAUGCUGAUAAUAUUUAGGCCCAGGAUCAAAACUUUUGAUAUGUCUUCGCAUGCUACUGAAUGCUUCAUCAAUGCAUUUCAGAGUGCCUUUGCAAUGUUAAGAGAAAAACUCAUCAGCUUGAAGCUUUCAGAAGGUCAGAAGAAAAGAUUAAAUAUGUUACUUAAUGGGAAACAACUGGAAAAUCUGCAUGUAAAGCUUAAGAAGGAAGAAGACAAAUUGAUGUUAAUUGGCUUACCAAACCAUCUUUCUGAUGCUGAAAAGUACAUUAUGAACUUUCUUCCCAUCGAAGACUCAACACAAAGUAAAAAUAGGACACCACUGACCUCUGAUCUCAGCUAUCAAGAAGAUACAGGAGCAUCUGAGAAGAAAUACAAUGGCAGGCAAAAGAAUAAUCUUACUUCUGAAGGACAGGCUAAGGCAAAGACAGAAGAAAAUGACAAAGAUACGUGUCCAAUUUGCAUGGAGAUAAUAAAUAACAAAGAAACACUGAGAAAGUGCAAACAUGCAUUUUGCAGAAGUUGCAUUGACCAGGCCAUGACUUACAAGCAAGCUUGUCCUAUUUGCAAUACUUUCUAUGGAGUCAUGAGAGGAGACCAGCCAGAGGGGAGAAUGUCAAGUAGAAUUCUGUCUUCAGCUCUCCCUGGUUAUCCCAGUUGUGGUACUAUUGAGAUUACAUAUAAUAUGCGAGGUGGUAUUCAAACUUGGGGGAAUCACGUACUACUGGUGCAACAGAUGUUAUCACAUGGAAUGAUAUUCACCACAAAACUUCCAUGGUGGGAGGACCUACCAAGAUCAUGUGAGAAACUGGAAGUGAAAAAAGCAAGCCCUAGGAAAUCUGUCAUAGUAGUAACUGCUGCCUCUGGGGAGGAAAUAGAAGAUGAAAUUGUGGAAAUGUACUUUGAAAAUAAAAAGAAGUCUGGUGGGGGGACCAUUAAGUCCUACGUCAAAAAAGAUCAGCAAAUGAUCAUCACCUUUCAGGAUGAGGAAGAUGCCCAAAACGUUUUGCAAAGGAAGCAUCACUCUGUGAAGAAAAUUGACCUGUUUGUGAAGCCAUGGCAAGUGGAUACUCUCCAGGAGCCAGGCCAAGUGGAGGACUCUCAAAGAUCCCUGCCUUCCGCCAGAGUUGUGCUUGAGAAUGUGCAGGAGACAGUAAAAGACUGCAUGUUAAUUCUGCUGGUAGAGAACAUAAGUGGCUUGUCAGAGGAUGAUGGUGACUUCAGUGUGGAAAUGAUACCUGAAGUACAUGCUGCUGUAGUUACUUUUACUGGAAAUAUUGCUGCAGGGGAAUUUGUUGAGAAGUUUAAUCAAAACCACAGAGCAAAAGAACAAAAUAUUACUGCACGGUGCCUUGAGCUAACAAAAAGCAUUAGGGCUGAAAAUAUACCACCUAACAUACCCAGUGACCAUAUAACCAUCUACUUUGAGAAUAAGAAAAGUGGAGGUGGGCAUGUGGAGGAUGUUCAGCAGCUGCCUGAUGAAGAUGCAGCUAUCAUUACAUUCAAUGACCAUAAAGAUGUAACCAAUAUCUUGGCAAAGAAGCAUUCACUCAACAAAACACCAAUCUUUGUCUAUCCUUUCUACACCUCACUGGGAACAGCUCUAUAUGGAAAGGAAGGGCCACAAAUAAAGAAGCCAGAUCCAAUUAUAUUGCCUCUGGAUUCAUAUAUCUGGUAUUACUUGCUGAAAAAUAAUAGACUAAUUGAGACAAUAAGUUGUGAAAUGGCAAAGCAUAAUUGUGCGCUAACGUGGCCUGAACCCUGCUGUGCAGACCCAAAAGUUACUUUGCAUCCUUCAGCUACUUUGUCUGAGCAGAAGCGAUCAGUAUCUAGAGUGAUCAAGACAUGGAAUGAAAAUGUUUCCACAGCAUUUUCAGAUAGCAUAUCGAAGUACAAAGCAAUUAAAUGUCAAGUAAGUGCAGAGGUGUGGGAAGCCAUUAGAAACAGCUUUACCCACGGUGAGUAUCUGAUAAUCCCAUAUAUUUCCAAGGACUUACUUGUUCUAGUAGGUGAAAAAGAAGUUGUGAAGAAUGUUGAACAAGAACUGACCCUUCUGGUGGAAAAGGCCACCAGAAAAAUUGAAAGAGAAAAAAAAAGAACUGAAGAAAUAGUGUUGGUGAGUCCAGGGGAAUAUGCAAUUUUACAGAGUACUGGCCUUGAAGAAAAAAGUCAUACGGAGUUCCCAGCCCUACAGAUAAAUUAUGAUCCUUUGCAGAAGAUAAUUAACCUAUGUGGAAUGCCCGAAGAAGUUUAUAAAGUAAAAGGGGAAAUAUUAGAGAACAUACACAAAAUGGUAAAGAAAACAGUUAAUGUCCACCCUUAUAUUUUCCAGUUUUUAGAGCAUAUUGAUAAUGAAACCCUGUCACAGAGCCUGUUCAUGACAAAACAAAUUAGUGCCUUUUAUGAACUUUGCCCAGAUGCUAUCAUCUUGAAAGCGAAUGCUCCUGAAGAUCUCCUAAAAGCAGAAGAAGAAAUAAAGAAGGAACUGGUCUACAAAAGCAUUACAUUGGAGGAUGAGUCAGUCCUCCAGAAGCAGGAAUGGAGAAUGCUCACUAAAGAAAACUGCUCUAAUGAAGCUGUAACAGUCACUCAGGCACAGGGUCAGGUCAUUAUUGCUGGUUGUUCUCAAGCAGUAGAAAAAGCCUUUGAGGAACUUUUCAGCUUUAUAGAUAAAAACACACAAGUACAAAAGUUCAUCACAGGAAAGCCCAUGGCAGUCAUAAACUUUUUUGAAAAAGAGAAGACCAGUGUUUGGGGUGAGUUACAGAAUAAAGAUGUGAAAGUUGACUUUAUCACACAGAAGAAAUGUAGAGUUAUAUCCUUGAGUGGGCCAAGAAAAGAAGUGCUGAAGGGAGUCACCUUAGUUGAACAAAUUCUGUCUGGCUUUCAUUAUAAACGUGUGGUAAUUAGAGAGCCAGGAGCCAAGUCAUAUUUCAAGGAGCGAGAACACUUCUUUGCUGCCAGUGCGAAACAAGAAUUUGAGUGUCUAGUGAGGCUGGAAGAGCAGUCGGAAGAGCAGCUGGAAGAACAGCAAGGACAUAGUAAUGUAGGUAAACCCUAUGGGCAGGUGACCAUAGGUGGAGUUGUAGUAGCAGUUUAUGAAGAUGACUUGUGCACUCAUCCCGUUGAUGUUGUGGUAAAUGCAUCUAAUGAAGACCUAAAACACAACGGUGGUGUUGCUUGGGCGCUGUUAAAUGCAGCUGGUCCAGAGAUACAGCAGGAGUGUGAUGAGCUGGUGAAGAAGAGCGGGAGCUUGCAGCCUGGGUGUGCGGUUAUCACGGGUGCAGGGAAACUCCCCUGCAAGAACAUAAUUCACGCUGUUGGGCCCAGGUGGAGGAAGGAUGAAGCAGAACAGUGUGUGUGCUUGUUAAGACAGACAGUGAAGAGAAGUCUACAACUGGCUGAAACAUUUCAUCAUCAUUCUAUAGCUCUGCCCGCUAUAAGUGGAGGGAUUUUUGGCUUCCCACUGGAACUGUGUACGUAUUCAAUUGUAGCCUCCAUCAAGGAGACCUUGAAAGAAUACAAGGGGGACAUCAGCUUGAAGGAGAUUCAUCUUGUGGAUAUUGAACAGAAUAAAAUUCAGGCUUUCAGCAAGGCACUGGGAGAAGUGUUUUCAGAUUAUCCACCUUUCUACACUUCACUGCGUUGGACCAGUACAGUUCAUCAGCCUAGGAAAAGGAAAAUUUCUCAAAAUAACAAGAACUUCCCAUUGGUAACCACUGAGGAAGGCCUUGACAUCAUGCUGAAAGAAGGAAGAAUUGAGGAUGCUACCACGGACAUUGUUGUCAUCAGUGUUACCAAAGAUCUCCAGCUUGAUAAAGGGCCCCUCUCCAAAGCUUUGCUAAGCAAGGCAGGGCCAAUGCUUCAGAGAGGCUUAAAAGAAGAAGGCCUAGGAAAAACACCUGAGGAAGGUUCUGUGUUGAAAACAAAAGGUUACAAUCUAAGUUGCAGUGUUGUGCUUCAUGCUGUUGUACCUGCGUGGUUACAGGGAUACGCAUCUACAAAGGUCUUGGGUGACAUCAUCACAAAAUGCCUGGAGAUUGCUGAGGAACUAUCUUUAAAGUCAAUUACUUUCCCAGCGAUUGGGACAGGGAAUUUGGGGUUCCCCAGGUCUGUUGUUGCUAAAUUACUGUUUGACAAGGUGUUUGAAUUCAGUAGUAAAAAUGGAGUAAAUUAUCUUGAGGAAGUUCACUUUCUGUUGCAUCCAAAAGACAUAGCUAAUAUUCAGGAAUUCUCAGAUGAACUUAAGAACAGGUGUGGAAAUGCUGUAGAUGCUACAGUGCAGAAGACUUCUCCAAGUAAGACUAGCCAAGACACAGCUUUCUCUGGUACCUCUUCAAUGCCAGCACAGAAUGUACAUGAAAUGACUAUUGGCUCCAUCGUGUUCCAGGUGGCAGAAGGUGACAUUACCAAAGAAGAGGGAGAUGUUAUUGUAAACAUAACAAACCAAACCUUCAGCCUUAAAAUAGGUGUCUCUAGAGCAAUUCUGAACAGUGCUGGAAAAGCAGUUGAAGAUGAAUGUGCCCAACUAGCUUCACAAGCAAACAAGAGCUAUAUCACCACCCAAGCGGGAAGGCUGCCAUGCAAAAAAAUAAUUCAUUUUGUUGCCCAAGAUGAUAUCAAGAUGCUGGUCUCCACGGUGCUUCAGGAGUGUGAAUAUCAGCAGUACACCUCUGUCGCCUUCCCAGCAAUAGGAACAGGCCAGGCAGGCCGUGAUGCAGCUGCAGUUGCUGAAGACAUGCUAGGUGCAGUAACUGACUUUGCAAGAAGUAACUCUGCUCCAUAUGUGAAAACUGUUAAAGUUGUCAUCUUUCAACCACAUCUGCUGAGUGUGUUCCAUACAAGCAUGCAGAAAAGAGAAAAUACUGCUAAAACAGCAGCCAAAUUACAGCUUUCCAAGUUAAAGUCAUUCCAGAGCUCUGAGAAUCUUUCCCCAAAUGGAAAAGCCAAAGCAGUUUUGAAGAAGAAAAUAGAGCUGGCUGUUGUGCAGAUUUGUGGUGAAAGCAAAAAGAAAGUGGAAGAAACGGAAGACUGGUUGAGAAGUGCAAUCUUAAAGGAACAGUUUCAAGCAGAAAUCACAGAUGAGUUUAUCUCUGAUUUUGUUGAAGAACAGAGUGAGAAACUGCGUGACCUAGAAAAUAAAUUAAGAAUUGCUCUUUAUUUGGAUGGUAAUGCUAUUCGAAUUUCAGGUGUUGCAAAAGAUGUCUGGAUCGCUUAUUCGACUAUUCAAGACAUGAUCUACAGGGUAAAAAAUGCUAAACUGAAAGAGAGCAGCGCAGAACUUCUUAAAAGCAUAACUGAGUGGAAAUAUUAUGAAAAGGAUACCUAUGUGCCCUUUGACAAUCUCACAAAUAUGCGCUUGGAAAACGCUUUCCUAGCAAAGGAGAAAGAUAUUUCAAUCAUCAUUAAUGAGAAAAAAUACACAGUGAAUUUAGAAGCUAAACAUGUUGUGGAUGACCAGGGAAAAUGUACACCCAUUAUACGUGUUGAUAAAUGUCAAGAGUCAAUUGUACUCCCUGCAACAUGGGAUGAUAUGGAAAACCAGCGACUCAAAAUAGUGGAACUAAGACCAGAAACAAGAGAAUAUAGAGAUGUGCAGAAAAGGUUUCUGGAGACCUGUCAGUCAUUUAAAAUUGAAAGGAUUGAAAGGGUACAGAACCCGUAUUUGUGGAAGGCCUACCAAAUAAAAAAGUGUGAAAUGGAUAACAAAAAUGGCAACAAAAAUAAUGAGAGGCAUCUGUUUCAUGGGACAAGUAAGAAUUCAUUAACCUUAAUUAACAACGGCGGAUUUAACCGGAGCUAUGCUGGAAUGCACGCUGCACAGUUUGGAAAGGGAACAUACUUUGCUGUUAAGGCCAGCUAUUCUGCCAAUGCCAUCUACUCCACACCAGAUAUGGAUGGGAAGAAGUACAUGUACUUGGCUCGAGUCCUUGUUGGAGAAUAUUCUCAGGGGAUAAAAGGAUCAAUUCUUCCAGCAGCAAAAACCGCUAGUAACUCUACAGAUCGGUUUGACAGUUCAACUGAUGAUGUGAAGCAGCCAUCCAUUUUCAUCAUAUUUCAUGAUGCUCAAGCUUAUCCAGAAUACCUUAUCACUUUCACUGCAUAAGCAUUUUGAUUGCAGCCAUCAUUUCUGGUCCUUCAAUCUUUGGUGGGAUGUAAACACUUUUAUAACAAAAUAUACAGUGAAAAGAACAAGUAGUUUUAACAAAUUAAUUUCUUACAGAUUAUUUACAUUUAAGCAACCUCUGUCAAUUUUUGAUGCACUGAAACACUGCUUGUUUACACUCAGUGUAGCUAUUUAACACAUUUAACACGAGAGCUCAAUAUUCUACUGAAAAUGGCUGUUAGGUUACAUAUCAAUCCUUUAUCCCAUAUUAGCUUUCCAUUCAGCUUUAUGGCCAUCUGAGUUGCACUAGGCAGUGGGGAGUGCUGAUGGGGGAGUGGAAGGGAUCUUCUUUCAGUGUUGUGUCUCUGAUGUCUUCUUGCACUCUGUGACAGUCUGCAUUGUAAAUUCUGAUACAGUGGUUUUCGGUAUUUGAACUAGUUGUAGUUAA